UCCUAUUGUUUUUAACACAGGAAAGGGCUGUUGCAAGGGGGAAUUCCUUAUUGGUUUUACUUUCAGUUUUAGUUAGGCCCUGUGCCUUACCAGAGCCGGUAAGGGGAGUGUGGAGGUGUACGUGUGAGGUAGUUUCAAGUAGUUACCGAGAUGUGCAGAGAUCAGAGCUAAAGAGAAGGACACAAUUUUGGGACUCUUUAUUUCGGAGUCCUCGUCUCUGUCCAUUUCUGUGGUGGUUUGUGUUUCUUUCUCGCCCUCGGAGGCUGCACAGGACAAAACAUCCACAUACAUGCACAAAACACGCGUCCGAGAACCGAUGUCUAUUGAAAGUGUGACGUCUACAGGGGUCGGUAAUUCCACAGGAAAUGGAGGAGAAUCCACAGUUACAUCUGAAAAUGUAAAAGUCUAGAAAGAAGGUCACCGUCUCAAGAUGCAGCCCCAGAUGGAGGAUAUGGAUCUCCAGAGGGCCAUAGCAAAUGCUCAGCCACAGCUGGUGGAGUCCCUGAGUCAUGCCCCUGAGUGGCUGCUUAUGAAAGCGAAAUGUUUCCUCCCUCACAUGGACCUCAGUCACGUGGAUGGGAUCACUGACUGCAAAGAAAAGGUCUUGUGGCUCCUUGACAUACUUGAGAAUGCAGGACCGAUCAUUUGGAAGCAGUUUAUCCAGUGCGUCUGCAUGGAAUGCACCCUCCCCAUGGACCUGGAGAUACAGCUCAUGAGUGCCUCAGGAGAAGGUAAUUUAAACCAGAAACAAGAAGGCUUUUCAGAAGCAAGUACUCAGUCUCCUUCUCCACCUGCAGGACCUGUAAGACGUCGUCAUGGAAGCAAUUCUCAUCCCAAUGGUAAAAAGCCUAAACAGCAACAAUUAGACUCAGCUGAAAGGUACCGGCAUCUCAUCAUUGCUUCAGUGUCUCAAAGGUAUGGAAAUGAGAGAGCAGCAGGAGCAGCUGUCCUGGGACAAGCACAGCCACCUGCUUUCAGCCAAGCCUUCGUCAACCUAGUCAUCCGGCAAAGUAAAGCUUCCAGACUAAAGGAGAGAGCAGAUAAACCCAGGGAGGACUCGGCAGGCAUGCAGGAAGCAGAGGAAUGUGUGGACACGGCUGUGAAAGUCUCAGACCUGUUUGAAAGUGUCGUUAGUUCGGGUACCACCAGGAUUAUCCUUUUGUUUGGCAAACCGGGGAUGGGAAAGACCAUGCUGAUGCAUCGACUUUGCCAGAAGUGGGCAGAAGGAGCUUUGCCUCAAUUUCUGUUUACUUUUCUCUUUGAGUUUAGGCAGCUGAAUCUGAUCAGCAGAAAGCUGACUUUAAAGGAGCUUUUGUUUGAUUUGGUCCUUCAGCCAGAAGAUAGCCCUGAUGCUGUAUUUCAGCACCUCCUGGAGAACGCCCAGCGCAUGUUGUUCAUCUUUGAUGGGCUGGAUGAAUUUGUGGGGAACAUAGACCAGCCAGCCUCACCUUGUGUAAGACCUGCCUUCCACAGACCUAUGUCCAUAUCUGAGCUGUUUGCCAAUUUCUGCUUUGGAAGACUUCUCCCUGGGUGCACGGUGCUGGUCACCAGUCGUCCUAAGAAAUUACCCGACUUUCUAUUAAGCAGAGCAGAUCUGCUGGCAGAAAUUUGGGGAUUUGACCACGAGAAAGUUGAAGAGUACGCCAGCCACUAUUUCCACCAACAUUCCUUCAAAGAGCAGGCCAUCGCUCACCUGAAAAACAACAGCAAGCUUCUGAGCAUGUGCUUGAUCCCUGCCUUGUGCUGCAUUGUCUGUGUCUGUUUGGAAUAUUUGCUGAAGAAACGUUUGUCAAAGGUGGAGCUUCCUCAGACCAUGACCCAAUUUUAUAUCAAAAUGCUCCUCAUCUUUAUAAGUAAACAGCAGACAGAGGGCACUGUGAGUGAAGACACGCAGCUGAAUCACCACAGGACGGCCAUUUUGGGCCUGUGUGACCUUGCACUGAAAGGCCUGGAAGAGAAGAAGAUAGUGUUUUACGUUGAUGAUAUCCCAGAGCAUGUGAAAGAGUUUGCUUCCCUACAUGGGUUGCUGACCGUCUUUGAGGUGAAGAGGUGUGACAGCCUCCCAGAGGCCGGCCAUGCCUUCGUGCACUUGAGUCUUCAGGAGUUCUUUGCUGCGCUGAACUUGAUGAUAAAUAACGCAGUCGACGGAAAUUACCUGAAGAAAAAGUUCUCUUUGAAGUCAAAGUGGACUUUAAAAAAUGAAGCCAGGACUGAAUUCAUGGAGAAUUUUCACAUCUUUCUCUCAGGCCUCUCGUCAAAAGAGUGUAGGACGUUCCUUACCCAGUUAGCUGAACGAAAUCAGGUGUGGGUGCGGGACAAGCAAGCCGCCAUUUUGCAGUCAUUGAAGAAGCUGGCAGCUACUAAUCUAACGGGGCCCAAGAUAAUUGAGCUGUGCCAUUGUAUUUACGAAACACAAGACCUUGAAUUAGCCCAACAUGUCGGGAGCCAGUUAAAUUUCAAGUAUGAAUUUAGAAACUUUAGAUUGACAUCUCUAGAUGUUUCAGCUUUGGUUUUCAUCAUUAACUGUGGCCGGGAUUUGACUCACUUGGAUUUUGCAGGCUGUCCCAUGGAAUUAGAUUGUUUGGAGGUUCUAGCGAGCUGUAAAAAUAUAGAGCAUCUGAGCUUUAGGAGCAGGAAAUUUGGUGACGAAUUUGCAGCUGCUCUUUCCAAAAGCUUACCGAAGAUCAAGAGUCUGAAGAAACUAGAGUUAACUGGUGGUAGUAUCACUGCGCUGGGGCUAACUGGCCUGGCACAAGUCUUUCCAAACUGCCUUCAACUUGAAGAAAUAAACUUGCAGGACAAUCGACUGAGGGACCAAGACAUGGGGAAGGUGAUUGAAAUGCUUUCCAGAGUGGAAAAGUUAAAGAUGAUUGAUUUAAGCCAUAAUGAUAUUUCGGUGAAGUCUGUUCUUUCUUUGGCGAAGGGAGCCACUACCUGUCCAAAUGUUACUGAACUACAUAUAAGGAAGGACACCGUCAUGAUAUAUUUUUCUGGCCAGUCCAGAAGAGUCCUGAGAUCAUCGAAUUUGAGGAGAAGAGAACGUAAAAUGGAAAAUGCUGCUCAAAUAAGAAAUUUAAAGUUACGGUUACAGGAUUGCAGCCUCAAUUCACAGCAUGCACUGGAGAUCACUGCUCUUCUCAGGGGCUCCGCCCACUUCUCGGAAGUGGAUUUAUCAGGUAACCAACUUGGUGAUGAAGGCUGCAGAGAGCUGGCAGAGAGUCUCCCGGAAGCACAUAUUUCCAAGCAGUUGGAUGUCAGUAACAACCAGAUAUCUGUGGACGGUGUUUGCUGUUUGUUGAAUGCCGUGAACACCUGCUUGAAUGUGGUAGAGUUUGAAGCCAGCCUUCAUCAUCAGACUGCAAUCCUGAAGUUUAUAGGAGAUAGAGAAUUUGUCUCUACCCAUUCCAGGGAUACCUCUCGUAGUGGGGACCAGUCUGGUGGAGGUGAGAGCCAGAAGUCUGUGGUCUCAAGGAAAAUAAGGCUGACAGACAGUGUUUUUUCCACCGGAGAUCUGGACAAGUUGUGCACUAUGUUGAAGAAAUGUAGCAGAGUAUCAGAGCUCGAUUUGUCAAAUAACUCUCUGGGAGACCAGGGAGUCGGGAAGCUGGUUGGACUCCUUCCGGAGCUGAAGACAGUGAGUUCCCUGAAGCUGAGUGGCAAUCAGAUAUCGUUGAGUGCUGUGUUUGGCUUAGCUCAGUGUUUAUCGGCCCUGGAACUCAUUAAAUCAAUAGACAUCAGCCUAGGAAACGCUCAGUCGGUCCAUUUAACCUUCUGGGAAAGAGUCAGGAACAGCACUACCAGAUCUGAAGGAAAGUUCCCGGCUCAUCCACAACAUUUAGAGAACGGCUAUUGCUUUCGUCUUAGGGAAUGCACUGUGAGUCCUGAGGACAUGGACACGCUCUGCCAGAUCCUUGGAAAAUGCACUGGACUAACAGAACUUGAAUUAUCUAGAAACGCGCUGAGUGAUCAAAGCAUUGAAAGGCUGCUAAUAUCCCUACCAUGUUUACACAGUCUGAAGCUACUGAGCCUCAGCCAUAACAAAAUAUCUCAGGAUGGAGUUCUGCAUCUAAUUAACACCCUCUCCACAUGCAGAAAUGUAACAGAAGUUCAAGUCAGUUUGUGCUCCAAGGCAACAUCACUCAUCAAGUUCACAAGAGAAGAUGAACCAAGGAAGAUUUUGAGACUAACGGAGUGCAACUUUCAACCAGAACACCUGCCAAAGCUGUUCUCUCUACUGCAAAAGUGCACCAACCUGACGGAAUACAUAUCAACAAACAACAAAAUGACAACCAGGGCGGUGGAAGAUCUAUUGCAGGCAGUGAGGAAAAGUCUGGGAACGCUGAGAAUAAGCAUUGAAGAGCAAUGGGUGCGGAAUGAAAGUGUCACUAGCCUUCUGCAGAUGGCUGUCCACCCCCAUGGGAAUGUUACAGAGAUCACGAUAUCGAAAGACAAAUGUCUCCUUCGAGUGGGCGUGGGGUUCCCCCGUCGAAUGUAGAAGAUGGAAUCUGUGGUUAGCAGGUUGAAUCAGUACAGACUGGAAGCGAAGCACAUUCACUUUCUCCAGAAAUGCACGCAGCUUCAGGAACUGAGCUGGUCUCAUGUUGAUCUCAACAAUGCUGAAGAGGCGAUGCUAGCCAGCAUGCUUCUGACUCUUCCAGCGCUGAGGAAGUUUGAGCUGACUUCCAGCAGUGUUACGCCAAGCCUAAUUGCAGGGUUGCAGCAAUGCCAUGCUAUUGAAGAACUUAACCUCGGCUCCCUGGGACUCGAUGACACGGCCAUUCUCAUGCUGGUGCCAGGACUUCACAAAAUGCCUUUGCUGAAAAGACUCCUCUUGAACAAUAACAAUAUUGGUAGUGAAGGCUGCUCCCACCUGGCCGAAGCUCUGAAGAAUGCGCCUCAUAUGGAAGAAAUCAAUUUAAGCCAUAACAAGAUUGAACGUGCUGGUCUGGAAAAAAUAGCCAUGCUCCUGCCGGAAAUGCAAAAUCUAAAGAGAGUCGACCUGUCGUCGAACAGCAUUGGCCCAGCUGGAGGGGAGAUGCUCGCAGAGGCGCUGGCUCGCUGCAGGCAUUUUGAGGAGUUACUAUUAGCCAGGAACCAUGUCGGAGACAAGACGGCAGCGAGACUCUCCCUCUCUCUGCCUAGCAUGUGCCACUUGAAGAUCCUUCAUCUGCAGUCCAAUAACAUUGGUUCACUUGGAGGAACGCCGCUGGCCAAAGGCCUGGUGGAAUGCCAGCAGCUAGAAGAGAUAAGUUUGUCGGAGAACAGCUUUGGGGAAGGCGCCAUCCGCACCCUGUCAGAGGGGCUUCCACGAUUCACCCGGCUCAGGAAGAUUGAACUGAAACUCUGUGGAAUCAGCGAUGGCGUUUCCAGACAUCUUGCCCUCGGCUUCAGUCGUUGUCCUGUCAUUGAAGAGAUCAUAUUGUCGUGGAACAGCCUUGGUGAUGAAGGUGCCCUGGAGCUGGCCAUGGUUUUCCCAAGAAUGGCAAGGCUGAGGAUGCUAGAUCUGGACAAUAACCGCAUUGCAGCCCGGGGUGCCAAAAAGCUAGCGGAGGAACUCGCCAAGUGUUGUGGAAUCCAAGUCAUACGGCUUUGGAACAAUCCAGUACCCAAGAACAUUGAAGAAAGUCUUACGAAACAAGAUGCAAGAUUGCACUUCUCAUUCUUUUAAUAAAGGAAGAACAUUCAAUGAAUAAGGGCUGAUUUGGUAGGCUAGGUAAGCCAGUAACACUACUGCUAUCCUGGUGAAUUGCACUGAAAAAGAGCCUUGAGAAACAGAGAAAGCAGAAUUCUAAAAAUAAAUAUUGUAAGCAUGUGGCAUUCUAGCCCUGCUCUUAGAACACAGAGGUUUUCUUUAUCUUUAACUCUGACUAUUAUAUAAACCUCAGACUAAGCUUCCUCCUGAGUUUGGUUAUUCUAAAGUUACUUGCUGCAAGACCUCUCUGUUCCUGGCCUUAGUUCCCUUCUACCUCAAAGAGAGAGAUAAUCUUUUAGACUCCUGGGUUGAAGCCAGUAAGAUCCACUGGAUCUGGCAGUCAGGGUGAGUCAGAAGAAUAGCUCUGUAUUGUUACACAGGACCAUAACACCUCAUACCAGGGUGAGUCAGAAGAACUCUGCAUCUUGGUGUGGAGAGCUAGGACCUAACACCCUAUUGCAAAUACUCUCCAAUGUGGUAUUUGAAUGUGGUGUAUGUUUCCCUCAGAUCAGUAUCAUUUCUAAGGCUGGGCAAAAUAUUCACAACAAACCGGUGACUGCUUGGCAUUUUGUUUUGAUUCUGCACACUACUGUGUGAACAUCAGCUUAUUGUCAGCAAACAAAGAUCAAUCUUCACAUUUGGAUUGUGUAAAGAUCAAGUUUCAAUGAGAAAAUAACUGUUUCAUAAUGAGCAGAGUCUGGAGGCUGCAAAAUGGCAUAGAACAAAAUUGUAAAUUCUGCGUGAGAGGUAUUUCAGGGUUGGGGCAGGAGAAAGAGAUUCCCUAUUUUCAUAUUGCUUUAACUGUUUCACUGGGCUUGGAAUGCUAAAUGGGGCCCCAUAUUUGAAAUUGCACUAACCUGUUUGAGGUGAAGGGGUGUGUGCAUGGUCUUUGAUGAAAUGCUGCAGUUGCUACAGGGGCCCAAUCCUGCAAUCUGAUCUGUGUGAGCAUGUAGUCAAAGGGUCUGCCCAGGCAUAUCCAGUUGCAGGAUAGGAGCCAUGCUGAGCAUCUUAUUUAUACUCAUUCAUUGCAAUGUGGGUGACUUGUACAUUUGGUACUGUAAAUAUUUAAUCUCUGGAAUGGGUUUAUUUAUCGACUUGUUUACAGCAGUGGUUUAGAUUGGGAGCGGCAGUCUGUGGUAUUUAAAAAGUAUUUUUUAGCAAGAACGAGUGCUGAUAAGUGAAGAGCACAUGUACUGCUGGUUCCCACUAUUCCAUGAAAUAUGAUUGUUUUUAUUGAAAGAUCAGUGUUAAGUUUCCCAAGAUACAUAUUUGGUUUUGAUUUAUACGACUCAUUUGGUUGCAGAGUGGUUAUAGUUUGAAAGGGGAUGGGGCAGGGGAGCCCAGAGUCACCAGUGAGCUUCCAUAUUUAGGUCCAAAUUCAGUAAGGCACUUGAGCAUGUGUGACUUGAGCAUGUGAUCAAAGUUAAGCCCGUGCUUCAGUGGCUCUGGGUUGUAUUUCCUUUCCAUGUUUACAGACGUCAUUAACUUAGUUUUCAAGUGAAAACAGGAUUUUUCUAACUGCCAGCCUAGCAAACUGCAGCUGGGUGGCUCCGGGGACUUGCUGUGGCUACUGAAACCCAAGAAGCAUCUGUGAGUUUGAGUUCUUCCCUUAGCAGGUUUCUGAGAACAUGUGUGGGACACAUUCAUUGUUCUCUGCCUUCAUGGUCUCCUCUCAGAAGUGUAGGCAUUCAGAUUAGCUGAUUCUAAUGGUCCCUUCUGGCCUGAAAAUCUAUGACACUCAGGCUGGGAACCUAAAAGUCAAGUUGUUUUUUUCCAGCAUUGGCCGUGUUGUGCACUGAAUUGUGAUCAUAGUUUUGUCACCUUCAAACACAGCUAUUGCAGAAGUUCUGUGCUUUUAUCACCCACUCAGUAAAACAAAAAUUCUAAAAACAAAUUGUAGCACUUGUAAAAAAACAGAUUUCUUUGCCUGUUUUAUCAUUGUAUUGAUAACACUGUAACUUCUCCAUUUGGACAUGGUGAGAUCCUACUCCAGUUCAUUUUCCUCUUUCAUUGGUUGGAAACAUUCACCAUCGUAUAUAUUUGUAUGCAUUUUAAUGAGUGCAUAUGUGUGAUUAUUGAAUAAAUAAGAGUGCCUGGGAUUCUGAAA